AGCAUGGAGCAACAAGAUAGUAUUAAGCCGGAAUCCGGUCAGCAUUAUAUGCACGGCACACAUAAAUUCAGAUGGACGGAGAAACACUGGAACUUUGAGCAGCUUGAUCCUCUGCGUCACCAGUACGAUGAGCUGGGUUCUCUGGUGAUGGGUAUACUAGAGACGCUGGCCCGUAGUCAAGGAGUACAGGCUCAUAACCGCCGACGACCAGAUUUGUUCGCCCUGCUUAUACAAGAGCGCGCUUCGGAUCCUGUGCUCGCAAGAUUUUGGCACGAGAUCAACACCGUGCCAGCGUGGGUCGACUGGGCUCAGCUCGCUCGCGGCCAGCGGUUUUUCUAUCGCUAUGUGGCUACUACUAUCAUGGGCUUCGCGCUACAAGGUUUCAUCGGCCAAAACGCAACUACGGCAAGCGUCGCCGAAUUGCUGAGUCGCACAGGCGGCUUUUCCACACGCGCGUUGAGUCGGCGCCUGCUGGAACGUUUCCAGCUCCUCCUCCAGGUUACAGGCUUCUCCAAGCCCGUUGAGGUCGACCUAGGCCCCGGGGGUAUUACCGCACACGAGACAGCAAUUCGCGUUCGCCUGCGUCAUGCGUCAGUACAAAGCCGAAUCUUAGAAAUCGCAGAGCAGAGGGAAGGGUAUUUUGAUAUGGGUCAACACGGUAUCCCCAUUAAUACGCUAAACUCGAUCCACGCUAUUGCAACAUUCUGCUGCAACCAUAUAUGGCUUCAGCUUCCGCAACAGGGUGUAAAACCUCGGCAGCAGGAGGCUGAAGACUACAUCGCACUGUGGCGCUAUGUCGGGUACCUUCUGGCAGUACCGACUGAUGCUUAUUUCUCGGGUUUUGAGCAGGCCAAGACCACGAUGGAAAGUACAGCUGGGUUCAGGUUUAGCGUCCCGAUGUCCAGAUCGGAGACAAAAGAAAGUGGAGCUGCAGACAGUACACAAGAAUAUGAUUGA